CCCCGCCCGGCACCGCGCUUUGCUCGCAGCCGCCAGGCGCUCCCAGAGCAGAGUCCCCGCCGACUUCGCCGCGAUGUGGGCCGCGCUGCUACUGCUCUGCGCAGGGGCCUGGCAGCUGGGACCCCUGGCCCGCGGCGUAGCAGGCCUCUCCGUGGGUUCCCCAGAGACGUUUCGCUUUAAGUCAUGGAUGCUGCAGCACCAAAAGACCUACAGCACAGGCGAGUACCAGCACCGGCUGCAGACCUUUGCCAGCAACCAAAGGAAGAUAAAAGAGCACAAUGCAAGGAACCACACGUUUAAAAUGGGAAUAAACCCAUUCUCAGACAUGACGUUUGCUGAAUUUAAGCGCAAGUAUCUUUGGUCAGAGCCUCAGAACUGCUCAGCCACCAAAGGUAACUACUUUAGGGGCAACGGUCCGUACCCCUCCUCCGUGGACUGGCGGAAAAAAGGGCGCUUCGUCUCGCCAGUGAAAAGCCAGGGCGGCUGUGGCAGUUGCUGGACCUUCUCCACCACGGGGGCCCUGGAGUCUGCAAUCGCCAUCAAGACGGGGAAGAUGCUCUCUUUGUCGGAACAGCAGCUGGUGGACUGCGCCCAGAACUUCAACAACCACGGCUGCGAAGGGGGCCUCCCCAGCCAGGCCUUCGAGUACAUCCGCUACAACAAGGGCAUCAUGGGCGAGGACACCUACCCCUAUGAGGGCAAGGAUGGCCACUGCAAGUUCCAGCCUGAGAAGGCCAUCGCCUUUGUCAAGGACGUGGCCAACAUCACCCUGAACGACGAGGCGGCCAUGGUGGAGGCGGUGGCCCUGUACAACCCCGUGAGCUUCGCCUUCGAGGUGACGAGUGACUUCAUGAUGUACAAGAAGGGCAUCUACUCCAGCACUUCCUGUCAUAACACUCCAGAUAAAGUUAACCACGCAGUACUGGCUGUGGGGUACGGAGAACAAAACGGGACACCCUACUGGAUCGUGAAGAACUCCUGGGGCCCCUCCUGGGGCAUGAACGGGUACUUCCUCAUUGAGCGUGGGAAGAACAUGUGUGGGCUGGCCGCCUGCGCCUCCUACCCCAUCCCGCUGGUGUGAGCCCGGAUGCGGCAGUGACCCGCUGCUGGAAAGAGAGGAACGCUGGGCAGCCUGGGCCACCGGCGGAGGCCCUGCUCUGGAGGAAGCGGUGGGGGAGCCACCCGGGCCCGCCCUCGGCACCCUCACCCCAAGCAAGCAGGGCUCCAGCAAGCCGCAAGGCCACGUCUCCUGACCAAACCAGCCACGUGCCUUAGGCCGCGUUUCUGACUCACACUGAUCAAGAAACUUCUGUCUCCAGAGGGGUGCACCUCACCUCCUGAGCGCGCCCUGAUGACUUGUGUGUGGCCUUUAUUCAAUAAACUUUCGGUGAGCACC